CGCUAGCAUAGCAGCGUUAAACAAAACAUUUCGCAUUCCGUUUUUUUGUAUUGACUUGCUUAAAAUUGCCAUCCGAAGAGGGCCACCGCCACCAAAAAUGCCGCUGAAGGCCGUUUGCAUUGAGUUGCGCCCCAAUUUAAACAGCGGCCAUGUGUUCCUUCAGUUCGAUCAAGAAAUCCGCGGACGCAAGAAGACGCGCCUAAUCAUCAAGGAGCACGACGUCCACAUUGUCGAGAAUGGCAUGUACAGCAAAGAAAGUCAACUGGUGCUGCGCCACGAUACCUUCGGCAUGGACAUACAACGCAUUUCCGCUUUCAUUGUGAAUGGUUGUCACAUAAGCUUUCGGUUUAACUACACCACACUAGAUACCGAGGCACUGGAACAGAGCAUUGGCAUCCCAUUGACGGCACAGCCACUGCUGCUUAGCUUUGCGGAGCACACAGAGCACCUGGUGGCGCUGCAGUGCAAUAAUUGUCGGAGUGAACUGGUCUCCGGAUGCAGCUACAAUCGCUUGCGCGAAUUCCCCAGCGGUCUGAUCGAUCCCAGCGAGUUCUUUUGCCACACUCACGGCACAACGAAGCACCCGGUCACAUUGGUGCCCGACCUGAAGGGACUCUACUACGGCCUCAAUUACAUAGUGCUCAACAUAAGUGUGCUGCAGGAACGCGUCAUAAAUCGUUCGGAACAUCUCUAUUGCAAGCGCUGUAUGUGUAUGCUGGGCUUGACCAUACAGUCCGGGACAGGUGCCAAGCUCUGGGCCGAUGCACUGCGCUGGCUGCCCACUAUGGAAGCAACAACACCAAAGUUGCUGCCUCGCCAGCUGUUUAAGCACUCGACCGUAACGCAGCUAAUGCUGCGACUCCUCAGCACCUUAUGGCCAACACUGCCGCCGCUGUUCUCACCGGCCAAUAGUCGGGCACUGCUUGUGGCCAAUAUGCCGGAUCGCCAACAGCAUUACAUGCUCAUCCAAGUGCUCGAUCCGCAGCUGAACGUGCUGCGCCGCACAGUCAACGAGGCGGAACAGCUGCAACACUAUCGCGCCUGCAAGCUCUACUUUCGAGUCUUUGGUAGCUCUCAGCCUGAUCCGACAGUCUUGGUGCAGUGGCAGCAGCAGCUUGAAGUGCCCAAGAUGCAUAUCUCGCCACAUAUGUUCCUCGAGUUGCAGGCCCGCUUCAACUACAAUUCAGCGUUAAUUCCGCACGCCUGGCGCUACAAUUCAGCCGAGGAGCAGCUGCUGCUCACCUACUUUUUCUACGAGACCGAGGAGCAGGAGCUGCUCAAUCAGCAUAGGCCCAAGGAGCUGACAAAAAGAGAAAAUCCUAACAAGUCGUCGCAGGACAGUGAGCUGGAUGACUAUGAGACUGAUGCGGGUCUGGACGCCAGCUUGUAUGAGACGGACGAUGAGAGCGACGACGAGCGCUCCGAUUCGGAUAGCGAACUGACAUCAUCGUUGCUUAACAAAUCGGCGCCAAUUAUGGCCUACGAGCAGAACCUGGCCAAGCGCUGGUCGCUCCAAAAGCAGCUAUCCCAGCCAUCAACUGCGCCAGCUCCGAGCGAUUAGAAAGUGCAAAGAUGGAGCUACGGCAAAUGUUGACUAUAUUUUAAUUUGAUUCUUGUUAUGUUUUUUUUUUGUUUUGUUUUUUUUAUUUAA